GAAAUGUUUUUAUUUCAGUAAUUAAAAACAACAAACAUGGCGGUUUUAAACUGUAGAAGUUUUACGUUUGGACACGUGAUUAUCAAAGAGUCUUUUACUUUUUUUAUUUCAAAAUUUUCUUACGCAUUUGUAAAUAUUAAACCUGUUGUAAAUGGUCACAUUUUAGUUGCUCCACAAAGAUGUGUUGAAAGAUUUGCAGAUUUGAACAGUGAUGAAAUAAGUGAUUUAUUCUUGACAACUCAAACUGUUUCUAAAAUAGUUCAAAAACAUUUCAAUGCAACAUCAAUGACCAUUGCAAUUCAGGAUGGACCUGAAGCUGGCCAGACUGUAAAACAUGUUCAUGUUCAUGUUCUUCCUCGCAAAAUCUUAGACUUUUCCAGCAAUGAUCAAAUUUAUACACAGUUAGAAAAGCACGAUAAAGGUUUGUUUGAAGAUGCUGAGUUUUACAAAAAACACGAUACAUUGCUUCGCAGUGAAAAGCAAAUGGCAGAAGAAGCUGCUACUCUUAAAGCUUAUUUUAUUUAAUGUUCAAGUCUUUUUGUAAUUUUCAUAAAGUAACUUUAUUUAUUAAUUCUAAAA